CUAUGAGGCGAAUGCGUUGGAUCCGGAGAAGAGUACUAGCCGGUCAGGAUCGGGUCCGCCGGGCUCCUUGUCGGAACAAAGCAACAUUUUAUUUCCAGGGCAAGAAGAUGGCCGCUUUCUUCACGAUGAUGUUGGAGAUAACAUCGAGAAAAAUUCGAAUUACGUCGACAUUAGCCAGGACGCCGACUUUUUCUCUCCCCAGAGCGAAGAAGAUGUCGAGCAGGCCGCAGACUUUCAUGAACGAUCAUCCAGCGAGAACCCUCGGAAGAUGGGGCGCGGUGAAGGUCGUACGCCGGCGGUAGCAAGGCCCUCAUCUCCGGUAAGUGCGGAAGCUGCACCAGCCGAAGAGAUCCCAAAUGGUCAGGAAGCGACCUCUUCAUCGUCGUUCGCUGCAGCGGGAACAACCGAUGGUGCGGGUGACGACAAUAUUAAAGCCGUCAAUUCACCAUCAUCUCCUGGAAAGGUGCAAGUUGAAAUUGAUGCAGAAGCGAACCUACGAACUGCAAAAGUAUCGUAAGUUGUACUCGUAAUGUAAAUGCACCAUUAAAAAUGAUUUCCUUAGCAUGAGAAAUGAAAUUUGUAUUUGUAAAUGCGGAUUUGACUUAACAAGAAAAUUUUAAAUGCACGAUUGCAAAUGCAAUACGAGUACAGUACGAUUUUGCACAGGAUAGAACCAGUACGUCUCGAAGCAAGAAGUGCGGCAGAUGGUGCGCGACUUGAUGCUUCUUGAGCAGCACGCUGCAGGUAGAAGUAGCACUGACGCCCGGCUGCAGCGUCUGGAGGAGGAGAAUCGGAGGCUGCAGCAGGAAGUGGAGAGGCUUUCCUCGAAAGCGGACUCGUUCCAGGAGGAAACCUGGCGGUCGUUCCAGCGGCUUCGCUUUGUCGGGGCCCAGGUGUAUCACAUGCUUUUCUUCAGCCUGUUAUGCAUUUCAAAAGUAUCGCAUUCGCACGGCACUGCCGCUAGCAACAUAAAUCGCAUGUUCUUGACACAUUUCCUCAUGAAGCAGAGCCGAGCGCUGGAUUCAGGUAGGAAAGCAAAUUUUUGCAUUGCUGCAAUUUUUAGUUUUGACGAGAGCGAUACUUUUGCAGGGGAUACCUGUGGAUUCUCAUCGGCACGUGUGAGAGUGCACAAUCGUCCCUCCUCCUCAUUUGUCAUGCAAGAUCCACAAUCCAAAUCCAAAUGCCGCCUCGAUGUCGAUGUGGCAGUGUUUGCAUGACAGAUCCCGGAAGCCAAAGCAGUACUGCAGGACUAGCACUAGGCGCGUGAAUUUGUCAUGCGCUUCAGGAGGCUGCAGCUGCACAUGUGCAUGUGCUGCUGCUGGUGUUUGUACUGCUAUGGAUGCCAUACAAAUCAGGGGGAGCAGAAGUUGUGCACUCCCAUAGCACGGCACGGAGCAACCAGGACAUUACCUUCGCGCUGAUCGUUCUGGGGUUCCUGUAUGGAGUUCUCACACUUUGCGCUGUCAGCUGUUACAUGAUUUGUCAUGCAAAGGCGCCAUCGCCGUCAUGUCAUCUUCAACCUCCACACGAUGAAGCUGGCUCACGUGGCUGAUUAUUGAAGCGUGGCAAAAAUUCGUUUCAAAUUGUAAUCAAUUUAUUAUAGAAGUACUCUCUGGCAAAUUUUGCUAGUUGUACAGGUCUGGCAUUCAUGAACUCACUGAAGAGUGCGUGAGGAGCACGGAUGUAGCUAAUGAGUAAUGACAAUGUCUGAGAAUGCCAUACUGUGUGCUGCGUUGUUGGUACCGCCGCACCUUGGUACUUGGCAAUAUUUGCUGGCGCUGAUCGUCGUCGACGCUACUUCUCGAAAAAGCGGUCUACAACUGAGGAUGAGCUCGCUCGUACUACUAGUGGUCGCGCCAUAGCUGCAGAAAAUGCGAGCUCGAGGGCCUCUCGUCUCCCCAGUAGUGGCGAGACAGUUACAACCAGGCGCGCAAUGCAGUCGACGAGAAUUCUUGCGUCGUCUAACCCUGGAGAGGACUUGCUGCCUGCUGUUGCCGAAGAAGUUCUUGCGAGUGGGGGCGAGAUGGUGAAAGCGGCCGCAGCGGGACCGGAGACCACCGAAUUUUCGCGACACAACAUAAAGAACGAUACAAGCGAGGGUGCGGGCGAUCCUGAUGUUCCGCACGUUGGCGUUGGCCGCGUGGCGCAGGAAGCUGCCGGCGGCGCAGCGGAUGGCCGCGCAGCGGAUGUUCAUGUCGCGCCCUCCGAAGAGGAAGAGCCAGACGAGGACACCAAGAAGAACUACCAAGAGAAGAUGAGUAAGGUUGAAGAGGACGAAGAGGAUGACGCGGACCCGGUUCCGUAUGAUUUUAUCCUUCAGGGCACCUUGUCGUGCGUGUGUCAGGACGGCGAGUCCGCGGAGGGACGCUUCUUUACGGUCUGCGUUGUGUUGUACAUGAUGAGC